CACCGUCGUGUAACUACUUCCGUGUCUACAAAGGAAAUAUGGGCUGAAAUAGAUGAGGACGCCAUAACCAUACCGCGACCAGGUGUGUGAUGACGCGCGUCCCAGAUUAAUCAUUAGAGAUACAAAUAUAUUUUAGAUCUGAUAGUGACAUUUGGGAUACUGCUCUUCCUCCCUCUAAAACAACUGAUGGACGUCUGCAAACACUCGUGUGUUCUAAAAGCUGAACUGGAAUUUACGUAAUGAGUCAUUAUUCAACGAUCGUCUACAGUGUGCAAUCAGGGAUGUGGUCGUUUUGGGUUGUGUUUAGCUACAUGCAUGGUAAGUCACGCGCACCAGGACCUAACCUUAUGAUGAAGAUGCACUUUGUAAAUUGCAAGUGAAAAUGUGGCAUUUCCAAGGAUUUUGUUUACGCACCACUCACUAGACUCCAUGAUGUAACCGUAGUAUUGGUGCUAGAAACUAACGUGCGUUUGACCAUACAUAAACAUAUCUUAUUAUAUGCAGUGAACAAAACCAGCCGUAUUAAACAUGGAUCUGCUGGAGCGAGAGACACUUGUACGUACUUAUAUGUGUAGACUGCACGACAUCUUCGAUAGUCUCGCCCAGUUAUGUCCCGUGAACGACGAUUUAGCCACUAUUCUGUCAAACGGCGCUCUUCUUUUCGACGAGUUGCAGACACAAAUACACGAGUUGUUCUUACUGUUCAAACUCGUUCAAAAACCAAGCUUACCGGCUUUGCUUGAUCCUCGUCAGCUUUCUGACUGGGCGUUAAAAGGGGAAGGACAUUUUGGUAAAGUCUAUGAAUGCCGUCUUCAAGGAGUACGCGUUGCUGUGAAAAUAUUAAAGGAACGUGCCCGGUCAUCUUUCCUGGAAUGUCAUCUGCUUCGAAAACUUUAUCACGACAACGUAGUAGCGUUCCGGGGGAUGGGAUUGGUGUCUCACCACCACCUUUCUCAGUGCCUCGUUGGUCAGGCGAAUAUAGAUACAGAAACAUACUCUGGACAACCUGUGUCUACUGGUCCUACUACAUACGGCCACAUUAUGUCACAGUCAGGUAUGGACAGUGGCGUGUGUAUGGCUAGUCCAGCAGUCUCCACAUCACCAGAACAUUCAACUCAUUGUGACAGUGACGUAGAUAUUGAGACAGGAAUGCCUCCAGGAGAGUAUUCCCGAACACUUGAUACCAGACUUGUCGUGCCAGACAGUUGGAAGUGUGACGCUAGAGGAUAUGUCGAUGAAUCUUCGGUACAAAAGUCAGAGGCAUUGUCUCCAGCGGUUACUGAGAUGCAAACGGUAAGAAAUGCAUUAACUGAUGUUCAAAACAAAGAUCCUGAUAAUUUACAACAAGACAUCAAAGGUUAUGUUAGCUCAUGUGAGCCCGUUGCCCAACAGAUACAAUCAGGACAGUUUGGAGCCGUCAAAACAACUCCGUUAUGUCCAGGGUAUAUACUUCCGUGCAGCGUCUCCAAAACACAAACGCGCGAAAAACGUGUAGAUAAAAAACGGAGAUCUCUACUUCAUCAGGUGAUCACAAACCAUGAGACUUCUAUGUUUGUAGUGAUGGAAUACGUAGAUUUGAACCUGUUGGGAUACUUGCGCAUGCUCACGAGUCCCCUGAGUUAUGCUUGUGCGUGGGACAUUUCCAGUCAAGUCUUCAACGCUAUUGCAUACCUUCAUUCUAAUGACGUUGUACAUCGUGACCUUAAACCUGAUAAUAUCUUAGUGGAAGUUGGGCCGGCAAGGUUGAGGGUCAAGGUCGCCGAUUUUGGACUUGCUUGGGGCUGUGGCGUAGAAAAGCUUGUAACUUCGUCUCUUUUUAACUAUGGUCUGCAGGAAGGACCUCGACGUGGAUACGUGCAUGUGCGAUGGGGAGCCCCGGAAUUCGUGUUUAAGAGCGAUUUUGGCAAUGCCGUCAGUCUCCAGGAUUACAAACGUGGCGAUAUUUACUCGUUUGGGUUGGUCACCUGUUUUGCAAUGUCUGGGAAGAAGGCAAUGGCUCAACUUUCAACUCGGCAACUCAUGUCUGCAGUACAGCGGGACCGGGGGAUAAAGACAGCCGAUGUCAAGUGUGACAAGGGCAAGGCUACUGACGACAACCAGUCGAAACUCUACAAUACUGAGCAACUCAUCGGUGAUUUUGUACCCCUACCCGAGGACUUAGAUGGUCCCCUUCUUGAUGUCAUCGAAUCGUGUUUGAAGAACUGUCCUUCCCAGCGGCCAACAACAGAAGAACUUCAUUCAAAAUAUUUCUCGCUGAAGAAAAACCCUUACGACAAUGACCCCACUAAUGCUGAGUUCUUCUCUUUCGGAUUUCUGAAAAACACUCAAAUUUAUGUUGCUGAUUCUUUCUUCUCGGGGCCAAACGGGUUUUAUGACACAAAAGUUCGCCAUUCAGGGUAUAAUCACGCACAGUUGAUGUGUGAAAUAGAAACUGUUGAUGUACAACAGAUGGAUGUGCCUGAUACGUUAGGUUUUGAACAGAUAGACUUGUACACACGCACGGCUGAAAAAUACCGGCUGUUGGCAGCUAGGAAGGAGAUAGACAACAAUGUAUUAAGUGCCUUGAAGAAGCUCACAUACUCAAGGUGUGGUACUAAUGAAGAUCAGGCUAUAGAACUUCACUUCCAGGAGUCGCUCUACUGCCACCACAGGACAAUGCGAGAUAUGUGGAUAUCCCUCUCUGAUACAGACAAAGAUAAAACCGUUCCGUGCAAGAGUAUUGUCAGUCCAUUGUAUAGUAAUUCAUUUGGUCUCCAUGUCGCUGUUCUGACAAACGAGGGACCUGAUAGUUCUCAGAAAUUUGUCUUCGCCCGAAGGUCAAGGAGAUUGGGCAUGGCCAGUCCAGGUGCAAUCACGUGCGGUGUAGUGGAGAGCGUAUCUGCCCUGGACAAGUGUCUACAAAACGGCCAAUAUUACGUCGAUCUGGUAAAUACGGCAGCCAGGGGUUUGAUGGAAGAGAUAGGUGUGGAGCUAACCGGAAGAGAGUUGGACGCCAUUUGUCUGUCGACAGUGUAUCUUAAGUUUGACUUCUAUGAGUGGGGCUUGUGUGGUUUUGUCGACUUGAAGGAUGAGAGGAUAGUCGAGAAACACCGCCUAAGUGCGGAAAGCAUCAAGGCCCGCUUCACAAGUGGACCAAAAGACAAGUUUGAGCAUCAGACACUGACCUUCGUUGACUUCCAGCUUGACGACAUGGUCAAGUUUGUGUCACAGAAUCACGAGAACUUCGCCAGUUCGGCCAAGCUAGUAGUAGUCAAAGUUCUCGAAGCUUUCUUUGGAACGGAGCAGGUUGAUAGAGCGUUCCACAGUGGCAUUAAAAAGAGCGAUGCCUAGCCGUGUUUUAAAAUGUUGAAGCUCUUCACGGGGUUGUCUACCGAAAUAUAUCUCCUAUAAAUGACUUCCGGUAUGCAGUUGUUCCGUCUAAAAAAAUAAACGCAUAUGUUCAGCAAACGUACAUGUAAGUCUAAAAGGUGUCACUGAAACUGAUGCCCUUGUCAAAAGCGCUACUCCACACUCCACACCACCCAACCUUCCAUCCCAUAGGAGUGAUGCGAGGGUCUCUUGAAAGUUUAUUGAAGAUAAAUUAUUGCACCUUUGAGAGUUAAAGAUAAACACCUUUAAUUAUAAUGUGUUUAGUUUAGCAUCUGUUCAAUAUUUAUGUAAGCAAUGAUUGGUAUCUUGAUUGGUUAACACCUUUUGUAACUUUAAUUGGUUAAUAUCCUUAACUAUAGACAAAGGUGGUUUGAAUGCUCUCAAUGUUUGACACUCAUCCGUGAUGCAGUUCCACUCAUACUGAUAGAUACUUGACAGGUGGUUACCUUUU